UUGACAAAGGGUCACCACGCUUCUUCGCUCCCCUCUAAAAAUCCCAUUUUUUUUCUCUGAGGGUUUCACGCUGCUGCGCUGCUUUACCUUGCUAGGGUUUCGAAGGAGCGGAAUUGAGCUCAAGGUUUCAGAAGAAUUAGAUUGGUGUAUCGAUGGUUUGAGGUGAAGGAAGGGUGGGGGGAGGAGCCAUGGAUGAAGACGAGCAUCAUCGGCUUGUUCUGGCGUGCAGUUUAUGUGGGGCGCUCUUCUCCGUCCUUAGUCCUCUCAGCUUUUCUGUUCUGUGGGCUGUUAAUUGGCGGCCAUGGAGGAUAUACAGCUGGAUAUUUGCUAGAAAAUGGGCAGAAUUUGUUCAAGGGCCUCAAUUAAGUGCAAUCUGCAGUUUUCUGGCCCUAUUUGCAUGGAUUGUGGUUCUUUCUCCCAUCUUGGUGGUUAUUACAUGGGGUGGUAUCCUGACUGCACUUUUAAAUAGAGAUAUAAUCGGGCUGGCAGUAAUUAUGGCUGGUACUGCUCUUUUGCUGGCCUUCUACUCCAUAAUGCUCUGGUGGAGGACACAAUGGCAAAGCUCAAGGGCGGUUGCUUUUCUCCUCCUCCUUGCCGUGGCCCUGCUUUGUGCAUAUGAACUCUGUGCUGUAUAUGUCACUGCUGGCACAAGUGCUUCUCAGCGAUACUCACCAUCUGGGUUCUUCUUUGGUGUUUCUGCAAUAGCUCUUGCCAUCAAUAUGUUAUUUAUCUGUAGAAUGGUUUUUAAUGGGGCUGGAUUUGAUGUGGAUGAAUAUGUGCGUAGAUCAUACAAGUUUGCAUAUUCUGAUUGUAUUGAGGUUGGCCCUCUUGCUUGCUUACCUGAGCCCCCAGAUCCACAUGAGUUAUAUACGCAGAAGUACAGCAGGGCUUUUCAUCUUGGAAGUCUCUACCUUUGUUCACUGCUUGUGCUUCUGGUUUACUCAAUCCUGUAUGGCUUGACGGCAAAGGAAUCACAUUGGUUGGGGGCAAUUACAUCAGCUGCUGUCAUUGUUCUUGACUGGAACAUUGGUGCGUGUUUGUUUGGGUUUGAGCUACUCAAAAGUAGAGAGGUGGCGCUGUUUGUCGCUGGAACAUCCAGAAUUUUUCUUAUCUGCUUUGGGGUGAAUUACUGGUACUUGGGACAUUGCAUCAGCUAUGCUGUUGUAGCAUCUGUGCUACUAGGUGCUGCUGUUUCACGUCGUCUUUCUGUUUUGAAUCCCCUUGAUGCGAGGAGAGAUGCUUUAAGGAGUACUGUUAUACGACUGAGAGAGGGUUUCCGGCGUAAAGGACAAAAUAGUUCUUCAAGCUCCUCUGAAGGUUGUGGUUCGAGUGUCAAACGUAGCAGUAGCAGUGUGGAAGCGGGCCAACAUGGAAGUGCUAUUGAAGCCCUUUGUCGGAGUAACUCUCGUUGUGUGGGUGAUGGUAGUAGUUGGCACAAUGUGCUUUUAGGUCGCUCUACUAGUUGCCAUGAGGGUGGUAGCGGUGACAAGAAUGCUGAUGGUGGAGGGUUAAGUUUAGCAUUUCGCAGUAAUUCUUGUCGUUCUGUUGUUCAGGAUGCUGAGGUUGCAGGAAAUUUUGUGGACCGUCAUCUCGAUCACAAUGGUUCUCUGACUUUGUGUUCUAGUAGUGGUUUGGAAAGUCAAGGGGGUGAGUCAACCAUAUCAUGUGCAGCAGCUUCCGCUAAUCCUCUAGUUCUGGAUUUGAAUUUAACCCUUGUACUCCAGGACAGGUUGAAUGAUCCAAGAAUUGCAUCGAUGCUGAAAAAUAAAGCAGGACUAGGUGAUCAUGAAUUAGCUAAUUUACUUCAAGACAAAGGUUUGGAUCCUAAUUUUGCAUAUAUGUUAAAGGAGAAGGGUUUGGAUCCUAGGAUAUUGGCAUUAUUGCAGAGAAGUAGCUUAGAUGCAGAUAGAGAUCGUCAAGAGACUGCCGAUGUUGCAGUUACUGAUUCUGACAGGGUUGAUGCAACUGUGCCGAACCAAAUUUCUUUGUCAGAGGAACUUAGGCGGAGGGGAUUGGAGAAGUGGCUCAACUUUUCCAGGUUUAUUUUACACCAAAUAGCUGGUACUCCAGAGCGAGCUUGGGUUCUUUUUAGUCUUGUCUUCAUCUUGGAGACAGUAAUUGUGGCAGUUUUCCGUCCCAAGUCCGUUAAGAUAAUAAAUGCUACUCAUGAGCAGUUUGAAUUUGGAUUUUCAAUUUUGCUUCUGUCUCCUGUUGUCUGCUCAAUUAUGGCUUUCCUUUGGUCACUGCAUGCGGAAGAUAUGGUCAUGACUUCCAGGCCUCGUAAGUAUGGUUUCAUCGCUUGGCUCUUGAGCACCUGUGUUGGUUUGCUGCUGUCCUUCUUGAGCAAAUCAUCCGUUAUACUUGGCUUGGCUUUAACAGUCCCUCUCAUGGUCGCAUCCCUUUCUGUUGCCAUCCCACUAUGGAUUCGUAAUGGUUACUGUUUUUGGGUUUCAAGAGGAGAGCGCGAGCGUCGUGGUGACAAUCAUCAAAGUCUCGGGACUAAGGAGGGACUACUCUUUGUUGCCAGCAUAGUACUAUUUAUCGGAUCUGUUAUUUCUCUAGGUGCAAUAGUAUCUGCAAAGCCUCUGGAUGAUUUGGGGUACAAAGGAUGGAAUGGAGAUCAAAAAAGUUCCUAUUCUCCUUAUGCUACAUCAAUGUAUCUUGGCUGGGCAAUUGCGUCUGCUAUUGCUUUAUUCAUUACAGCUGUAUUACCAAUUGUGUCCUGGUUUGCAACAUACCGUUUCUCUUUCUCUUCGGCAGUAUGUGUUUGCUUAUUCACUAUUGUUCUUGUUGUAUUUUGUGGUGCGUCAUACUGGGGGGUGGUUAACACCCGAGAAGGAAGAAACCCUAUGAAGGCAGAUUUUCUUUCUGCUUUGCUUCCCUUGGUUUGUAUUCCUGCAAUUUUCUCACUUUUUACGGGUCUAUACAAAUGGAAAGAUGACGAUUGGAAGCUUUCUCGUGGUGUCUAUGUUUUUAUUGGAAUAGGGAUCAUGCUUUUGCUUGGCGCUAUCUCGGCGGUCACAGUUAUCAUUAGACCUUGGACGGUAGGGGUUGCGUUCCUCUUGGUUAUCUUAUUAGUUGUUCUUGCAAUUGGCGUUAUACAUUAUUGGGCCUCCAACAAUUUCUAUUUGACAAGGGCACAAAUGUUCUUUGUUUGCUUCCUCGCUUUUAUCCUGGCUUUGGCAGCAUUUCUGGUUGGCUUGUUUGAAGAAAAGCCUUUUGUUGGUGCUUCUGUUGGUUACUUCUCAUUUCUUUUUCUGCUUGCUGGAAGGGCAUUGACUGUCCUCCUUUCACCUCCAAUUGUUGUCUAUUCACCAAGAGUGUUGCCAGUGUAUGUUUAUGAUGCACAUGCUGACUGUGCAAAAAAUGUCAGUCAUGCCUUCCUUAUUUUAUAUGGAAUAGCCUUGGCAACCGAGGGUUGGGGAGUGGUCGCCAGUUUGAAAAUAUAUCCUCCUUUUGCUGGUGCUGCUGUGUCAGCAAUCACUCUUGUUGUGUCCUUUGGUUUUGCUGUUUCUCGUCCAUGCCUUACCCUCAAGAUGAUGGAAGAUGCUGUGCAUUUUCUCAACAAGGAUACUCUUGUGCAAGCAAUAGCUCGAUCUGCUACUAAGACAAGAAAUGCUUUAUCUGGAACAUACUCGGCCCCACAGAGAUCCUCUAGUUCAGCUGCUUUACUGAUAGGAGACCCUACCAUUUCACGCGACCGUGCUGGUAAUUUUGUGCUUCCAAGGGCUGAUGUAAUGAAAUUACGGGAUCGUCUAAGGAAUGAAGAAAUUGCUGCUGGUCUACUUUUCUCUAGAAUGAGAACUGGCCUAACUUAUCGUCAUGAAACAUCAUCAGAUGUAGACUACAGGAGAAAAAUGUGUGCUCAUGCACGCAUUUUGGCUUUAGAAGAGGCAAUUGAUACUGAAUGGGUCUAUAUGUGGGAUAAAUUUGGUGGUUAUUUGCUUCUUUUGCUUGGUUUGACUGCCAAGGCUGAACGAGUACAGGAUGAGGUUCGGCUUAGGCUUUUCCUUGAUAGCAUUGGUUUCUCUGAUUUAAGUGCUAACAAAAUUAAGAAAUGGUUGCCUGAAGAUCGUCGUCAGUUUGAAAUAAUUCAAGAAAGUUAUAUAAGGGAAAAAGAAAUGGAAGAGGAAAUUUUAAUGCAAAGGCGUGAAGAGGAGGGCAAAGGUAAGGAGAGAAGGAAGGCUCUUUUAGAGAAAGAAGAACGGAAAUGGAAGGAGUUAGAAACCUCUCUUUUGUCAUCUAUACCAAAUGCUGGAAGCAGGGAUGCUGUAGCUAUGGCAGCUGCAGUACGUGCUGUUGGUGGGGAUUCUGUUUUAGAUGAUUCUUUCGCAAGGGAACGGGUUUCCAGUAUUGCUCGCCGAAUUCGCACUACUCAAUUGGCUCGUAGAGCAGAGCAGACUGGUCUUCCUGGUGCUAUAUGCGUCCUUGAUGAUGAGCCAAGGACCACAGGCAAACACUGUGGUCAGGUUGAUCCAAGUCUCUGUCACAGUCAAAAGGUUAGCUUCUCAAUUGCUGCCAUGAUUCAACCAGAGUCUGGUCCAGUAUGUCUUUUGGGAACCGAGUUUCAGAAGGUCUGCUGGGAAAUCCUUGUGGCUGGUUCUGAACAAGGCAUUGAAGCUGGACAAGUCGGACUCAGAUUGGUUACAAAAGGUGAAAGGUUGACGACUGUUGCCAAAGAGUGGUGUAUCGGUGCUGCUUGCAUUGCAGAUGGAAGGUGGCACGUUCUCACUGUGACAAUAGAUGCUGAGUUAGGUGAAACGACUUCUUAUCUUGAUGGAAAUUUUGAUGGUUAUCAAAGUGGAUUGCCAUUUCAAGGCAGCUGUAGCAUUUGGGAAGAGGGUACAGAUGUUUGGAUUGGUGCCAGACCGCCAACAGAUCUGGAUGCAUUUGGAAGGUCAGAUAGUGAGGGUGCUGGCUCCAAGAUGCAAAUAAUGGAUGCCUAUCUAUGGGGCAGGUGCCUGACUGAAGAUGAGAUUGCUGCCUUUCAUGCUGCCACCAGCCCUGCUGAAUAUGACUUGAUUGAUCUUCCUGAAGAUGGCUGGCAUGUUGAUGGAUCACCUUCACGGGUGUAUGAGUGGGAUAGUGAAGAAGCUGAUGUUGAGUUGUACGAUAGGGAAGAUGUUGAUUGGGAUGGACAAUACUCUAGUGGGAGGAAAAGAAGGUCAGGACGUGAGGGUAUAGCUCUUGAUAUGGAUGCUUUUGCAAGAAAAUUGAGGAAACCUAGAUUUGAAACUCAAGAAGAAAUUAAUCAGCGCAUGAUAUCUGUUGAAAUGGCUGUCAAGGAAGCUCUUGUGUCAAGUGGAGAAACACAGUUUACUGACCAAGAAUUUCCUCCAACUGAGCGGUCAUUGUUUGUGGAUCCUGGAAAUCCCCCUCCAAAACUGCAGGUUGUUUCAGAGUGGAUGAGACCAAAUGAUAUUGUAAAAGUGAACUGUCUUGGCUCUCGGCCCUGUUUGUUUUCUGGUUCUAUAAAUUCUUCAGAUGUCUGUCAGGGCCGUUUAGGUGAUUGCUGGUUUUUGAGCGCUGUAGCUGUUCUGACAGAGGUGUCUCGCAUAUCGGAAAUUAUAAUCACACCAGAAUUCAAUGAAGAAGGAAUUUACACUGUUCGCUUCUGUAUUCAGGGUGACUGGGUCCCUGUUGUCGUUGAUGAUUGGAUUCCUUGUGAAUCUCUUGGAAAACCAGCUUUUGCUACAAGCAGGAAUGGUAAUGAACUGUGGGUUUCCAUCCUGGAGAAGGCGUAUGCCAAACUUCAUGGCUCGUAUGAAGCACUAGAAGGUGGGCUCGUUCAAGAUGCACUGGUAGAUCUUACCGGUGGUGCUGGAGAAGAGAUUGACAUGAGAAGCUCACAAGCGCAGAUAGAUCUUGCUAGUGGAAGGUUAUGGUCGCAGUUGUUGCAUUUUAAACGAGAAGGUUUUCUUCUUGGUGCUGGUAGUCCAUCUGGCUCAGAUGUGCAUGUCUCAUCCAGUGGAAUUGUUCAAGGGCAUGCGUAUUCUUUGUUGCAGGUAAGAGAGGUGGAUGGGCACAAACUUGUGCAAAUUCGAAAUCCAUGGGCCAAUGAAGUUGAGUGGAAUGGUCCUUGGUCUGACUCAUCACCUGAAUGGACUGACCGUAUGAAGCACAAGCUCAAGCAUGUCCCUCAGUCAAAGGAUGGUAUCUUUUGGAUGUCCUGGCAAGACUUCCAGAUCCACUUCCGCUCCAUAUAUAUUUGUCGAGUCUAUCCCCCAGAGAUGCGAUAUUCUGUCCAUGGCCAAUGGCGAGGCUACAGUGCUGGUGGUUGCCAGGAUUAUGAUUCAUGGCAUCAAAAUCCUCAAUUUAGGCUGAAAGCAACUGGUCCUGAGGCUUCAUUUCCUAUUCAUGUUUUUAUUACACUGACUCAGGGCGUGAGUUUCUCCAGAAAAACAACGGGUUUCAGGAACUAUCAGUCUAGCCAUGAUUCAAUGAUGUUUUAUAUUGGUAUGAGGAUACUCAAAACACGCGGUCGUCGGGCUGCAUACAACAUUUAUUUGCAUGAAUCUGUUGGUGGAACAGACUAUGUUAACUCAAGAGAAAUCUCUUGUGAAUUGGUCUUGGAACCAUAUUCAAAGGGAUAUACAAUAGUACCAACAACGAUCCAACCCGGAGAAGAAGCGCCAUUUGUGUUGUCUGUUUUCACUAAAGCACCAAUAACUCUGGAGGCCAUUUGAUAGUUGUCAGCUGAAGGAAGCUUGAAAAGGAUGUUUAUAGUCGCAUUUUGGUGGGCCUCUGAGACUGAUUGAUAGUCUCGAAUUGAUUGGGUUACUAGGAGCUGCAAGCGGGCAAGCAGACCAAAAUGUACCACCAGGCGAACCAGCACAUAUGGAUCUAUAAGUUAUACAGGCUGCGGUUCUUGAUUGCAAGAUAAUAGUAUGGGUGUUGUCGAAAGAUUUUGUCAGCCCCUGCUCAUUCUUGCGACAUGCUACAGUGUAUUUGUGGUACAACUUUUUUGACUGCACGCUCAAAGGGCAGACCUAGACACUUGAGAUGAUUCAGACGGAUCGCUCGUCAACUGAAAUGUGGGUCAUUGGAUGAAAUUUUGGUUGUACGAUUCCUAUGGAUCUCCUCAACCCAGCUUCAGACGGGGCUCUCGGCCGAAUUUGUAAAUAUUGGCAUCUAACCCAGAGUGAUGAUUAUAGGGGUUUGCGCAAAUUAUUAUAGGUGUUAAAUGUAUAGUGAGGCAGGAAGAAUGAAUCACCGGUGUGGAAUACAAAGACAAACGCGGUGGAGUUUAGUUCUUUGCCUUAGCGGUUAAUUUCCAGACUGAAUGACAUAGUUACAUUGGUGUUGUGGCUGGAAUCAAUGACAUCAAGUUCCAGUUGCAGUUUUGUAGAAUGUUUCAUAUUUAUUAGUUGAUAGAUUCAAGGUAAUAUUCUUUUUGUCA